AUGAUAAGAGGGCAAAUUAUGCUUAUUUCUUUUCUGUUUCAACAAACUAAGAACUGUAUGUGCUUGUUCUUUCAACAGGGGGUAGAGAACAAUAUUCUUUGCAAAUCUAAAAUUGGUUAUCAAAUGAAAUAUAUGAUAUGGUAUUUACAUAUGAUGGGAAAAUUGCUAUUUUUGGAGGUGACCGAUUGA